UCCGUCGCAAACGCAGGAGGUUUUUCCGGCCCCUACCAAUGACGUAGAAGCCCCUGGUUGGCAGAGUCGGGUAAUCGCGAGAACGGAAGUGACGCCUAAGGCUUGUUCCACGUUCGCACGCUAGGUUCCCUACCUGGCGGGAGGCAUGGCUGAGCAGGCUAGUGGUUUCGUGACUUCGGCGAGGUGGUUUCCAGCGUCCGAACGGACCCCCACGGUGGGGCCUCUGAGCGACACUGCCGCGCCGCGGGACAACUGGAUGCUCUGGGCAAUGCUGCCGCCGCCACCACCACCGCCUUCGUCGUCGCCUCCCGUAGCAGGGUCACAGCCUUCCUCAGAGGAGCAGCCCCCCCGGGAGGCCCAGGCUCUCCCCGAGGCGCCUCCUCCCUUCGACGCCCAGAUUCUUCCCGGGGCACAGCCUCCCUUCGACGCCCAGUCUCCCCUUGAUUCUCAGCCUCACCUCAACGGCCAGCCUUCCUGGAAUUUCCAGGCUUCGACAUCAUGGUACUGGAGACAGUCUCCUGGUGUUUUUCCUGGGCACCAGAACGCUCCGGUUAAACAUCCUUAUUUUCCACGAAAAUAUGAUCCAAAGUUCACUGAUGUCAACUUCCCUCCCAGUAGAAAACAGAAAAAAAAGAAAAGAAAGGAACCAGUUUUUCAUUGUUUUUGUGAUACCUGUGAUCGUGGUUUUAAAAAUCAAGAAAAGUAUGAUAAACACAUGUCUGAACAUAUGAAAUGUCCUGAAGUAGAUUGUUCUUUUAGUGCCCAUGAGAAGAUUGUCCAAUUCCAUUGGAGAAAUAUGCAUGCUCCUGGUAUGAAGAAGAUCAAGUUAGACACUCCAGAGGAGAUUGCAAGAUGGAGGGAAGAAAGAAGGAAAAACUACCCAACUCUGGCCAAUAUCGAAAGAAAGAAAAAGUUAAAACUUGAAAAGGAAAAGAGAGGAGCAGUUUUGACAACGACACAGUAUGGCAAGAUGAAGGGGAUGUCCAGACAUUCACAGAUGGCAAAGAUCAGAAGUCCUGGCAGGCAUCACAAGUGGAAAAAUGACCGUGUUGGACAGAAAGCAGCCAUUGGAUCUGGCAAUUGCUUGCGUGAUUCGAAGCCUGAAGAUCCACCUGAGGCAAAUGCAGACCCUCUGGGUGUUUUGGUAAACACUGAUUCUGAGUCUGAUAAAGAGGAGAAACCACCACGUACUGUUAUACCCAAGGAAGUGACACCAGCCCUGUGCUCACUAAUGAGCAGCUAUGGCAACCUCUCAGGGUCAGAGAGUGAGCCAGAAGAAACUCCCAUUAAGACUGAAGCAGACCUUCUGGUGGAGGAUGAGGUUCUUCAUAGCAAUACUCCUAAGAGACCAAGUCCCAGUGUUAAAGUGACUGCUAGAAAGUAUGAGAGCAAAAAGAAAAGUUUUAAAAAGACAAACCCUAAGAGAAAAAAAGAUUAUCACAACUAUCAAACGUUAUUUGAACCAAGGACACACCAUCCAUAUCUCCUGGAAAUGCUUUUAGCUCCAGACAUUCGACAUGAAAGAAAUGUGAUUCUGCAGUGUGUUCGGUACAUCAUCAAAAAGGACUUUUUUGGACUUAAUACUAAUUCUCCAAAAACUAAAGAUGUAUAAGUAUUUGAUGUUUCAGCACUCAUGUGAAAUAGUCCCAUCUUAACGUUAGUGGAGGAAAACCUUUUUAAAAAACAAAAAACUGGAUUAGUAAUUAAAUUGUAGACCUCAUGGGAUAUUAUGUUGGAUUUUUAAUUCUUUCCUUUGAAUCUAUGCAAAUAAAUACAUAACUGAUUUUUUAAGACUGUGUCUGUAUUGUUGAGGUUGUGCAUAGUAUUUGCUGGCAGAAUUAUAUUUUUUUAUUUAUAUUUAAUUGUAUGUAUUGCUGUCAGGUAAGGAAAUCUGCUCUGGGGACAGUUAAGAAUUGAAGAUUCUGGUUUAGUAGUAAAGAAAAAAGUUUUAAAAAAAUGUUACAUUCAGCUGAGCAAAAGUGUAGGUUAGGGAGAGAAGUACAGUCAUUUUGUUUUUAAUGCAGGAGAGCAAGAAUCAUUCUUUAACUGUAGCAAGGGGGAUUAUUAUUUUUUUUUUUAAUUUAAAGAUUUUUAUUCAUUUAUUUAAGAGAGAGAGAGAGAGCACAAGUAAGCAGAGCAGCAUCCGGAGGGAGAGGGAGAAUCAGGCUCUCCCCUGAGCAGGGAGCCCGAUGAGGGGCUCGAUCCCAGGACCCUGGGAUCAUGACCUGAGCUGAAGGCAGCCGCUUAACUGACUGAGCCACCCAGGUGCCCUGGGAUUAUUUUAAAAAUAAACCAUAUCAAAUUAAUAUACUCAGAAGGUCUUGAAAUUUAAAAUUUAAAUUUUAAAACUUCCCUGUUUAUUUCAAAGGACAUUUUGAAAUUCACCUAUUGGCACUAAAUAAGUAUUUCAAAUAUUGAAUGUUUGGAAUAUUAAUAUAGAUGGGCCUUUGUGUAUGUUUAGAUUCACUGAAAGUGCUUCUUUUUGGUAUGGUUCAGAAUUGGACCUUUUUAAUUUUUCUGUUGAAAACUAUAUAAAGCAUGUUACUUGGACUUGAUGAAGUCCAUCUAAUUUAUAGUCAAAACAGUAGUUUGUGAAAUAAUAUAAAACCUUAAAACCAGUUUUAAGAUUUAAUUAAAAUUCAUCCUAUGAGCAUAUUAAUUGAACCCUUUUUAAAUGUUUUAAAUAAAUAGAUCUUUUUGAGUCCUUUAAUACCAGAGAUUUUGAUCUUAUGUUCUAGUCACUUGUGCUAGCUAGAGCUGGAGCCCUCCCCUUUUGAUGGGGUUUUUAAAAAUUAGUCUCUUGUAGUUGAAAAAUUGACUUUAUCUGACAUUGUGAUUAUUGAAGUCCAUGAAUCUUGCCUGCAAGAAAAAGGCAAGAAAGCUGAUGGUGGCCCUGAAGAAAGACCUCUUGCUCCUGUAUGUUUGUAAGAUCCUAUCCAGAAUCCUAGAGCACCUGGCAUGUAACACUAUGAUACUACAGACCUGAGAUCAAAAUUCAUAUUUAGGUCAGUGUUUCCCAACUUUGUAACCACCAUACAGACCUUCUUAUUCUGUUUCAUUUUCCGCCUCCAGUGAAUCCCAUGUUUUAGAAAAUUAUCUGUGCAGCAUAUUACUUAAUUCAGUUUAUAUAACACUGUUGAGUGCUUACUUAUGUGCCGCCAUUGUAAGCAUGGAUUGAAAAUAUAAAAAUGAAUGAGGCCUUGCCUGACUUUAAGGAACUCAGUUUAAUUUUUAUAUUAUUCAUAGCUGUGACUCUUACACCAAUUCAUCUCAUCAGGAUGAAGUAACCAGUGUUACAAAACUGGGUUGGUACUCUAAAAUAUAAUUUAGUCUGUAGUUUUAUCGUAGGUUGGCAUGCAAAUUCCAUAGACUUUAAAUACAUAAAGGAAUUCAGACUCCUAGGCUGCUUUCACAGACCCCUGUAACUCCAGGAAUGUUCACAAUCACUGCUUUAAAG